AUGUCCUUCUCUCUCGUCGCACGUAGAGCUCCCCGCGUCAUCACCUCGUCCCUCCGAACAGCUCCUCUUCAGCACGUUAUAACAACAGCCAAGUUCACACGUUCAAGCAGACACCAAUCGACAAUGUCUUCCGACCAGCAGAUCGUCUUCACCAAGAACGCCCCCGCGGCGCUUGGUCCCUACUCUCAAGCCAUCAAGACCCCCAACAUGAUCUACUGUUCCGGACAGAUCCCUCUUACUCCUGAGGGUGAAAUGGUCGAGGGCAUCACUGAGCAGACCCGACAAGCCUGCAAGAACGUCCAGGCUGUCGUUGAGGAGGCCGGCUCAUCCAUCUCCAAGGUUGUCAAAACCACUGUCUUUAUCUCUGACAUGUCCUACUUUGCUGAGAUCAACACCGAGUACGAAAAGUGGUUCUCGCACAAGCCUGCUCGCAGUUGCGUUGCUGUCAAGACUCUUCCCAAGAAUGUUGAUGUCGAGAUUGAGGUCAUUGCUCUCCCAUAA